AUGUCCAAAUAAAAAAAGCCUAAUUCCCAAAUUUACAAUUUUGAGCCAAUUGGAAGUCAAAUUAAAAAGGAUUCAAAAUGCCAUGCUUUUGCUUUUAAUAAUGAUAACACUCUCAUCUUUGCAGGUGUUAAAAAUUCAUUAGAAAUUUAUUAAUUUCAUCAUGACUCAUUAAAAAACCUGAGUUAAUUUACUAAGCAUAAAGAAAUAAUAAGCACUUUAAAUUACAUAAAAAGAUGUUAAAGCAUUAUUACAACUUCUUUUGAUAAUUCUAUUAUUAUAUGGCCAAAAUAUUUAUUGUCAAAUCAGAAAUUCAUUUAAAAAUUAAGUCAACAUCAGAACGGAAUAAUGUGUUUAGCAAUUACUCCUCUUUUGGAAGAUUGGUUAAUAACUGGUAGUCAUGAUGAAACUAUCAAAUUUUGGAAUUAGAAAAAAUCAUCAUGGGUUUGUUAGAGAAGCAUAGAAUGCAACGAUUCUCCAAUAUGGUCAAUAUCAAUGCUUGAAUCUGGUGUUAAAUGUAUUUCAUUGAGCUCUAAUUAUAUCAUGGUGUUUAAAUUUGAAAAUUCUAAAUGGAUUGUAAAUUAAUAAAUUGAACAUUCGACAUUUGGUUUUAGAUUAUGCUUUAUCAAUAAUGAAACAUUCAUUUUUCAACCUGAAUAUUAAAAUUUUUUUUACAUUUAUAAUCUCAAUAAAAAUGGAAAUUAUGUUACUUAAACACCAAUUCCUUCUGAUGAUGAUGCUGAUCCAGACGAUGAAUUAUUUCCUGCGAUAUAUAACAAAAAUAAGAGCAUACUUUUACUUAAAAAUAUGAAUGACAUUUAAAUAUUCAAAGUUAAAAGAAGUCAAAGUAAUUUAAUAAAUUAAAAAUAGAUAAGAAAGCCAUGAAGUUUAAUAAAAAUUAAGUUAUUUCAUUUAAAGAUACUUCAGUGUAUGGAGCACUCAGUGAUGAUGGUGAAUAUUUAAUUACUUGGGAUGUUUAUUCAAAGUAAAUUGAAGUUAGAAAAUGGAUGAAGAAAAAAUGA